GAUAGAGCAUCUCAUCAAUUGAUUUUUUACAUUUUGUUGUUCGUUCAACGAUUGGAGCAUUCAAAUGCAAACUGAAAUCAAGUAUCCAGUUAUACCAGAAGAUCCUGGAAAAAAAUUUAAUUUAAUAUGGAAAAAUAUAUCUUUUGUCGUGAAAAAAAAAACAAGUCAAAAUUAUUUAAAGAGAUUCCUCGGAUUAGACAAAUUCGAAUAUGUUCGUAUUUUGAAUGGAGUAAAUGGUAUUGUUCAAUCUGGAACAUUGAUGGCUAUCAUGGGUCCGAGCGGAUCUGGGAAGACAACUCUCCUUGCGACAUUGAGCCGACGAAUAAAAGGCGAAAUCGAGGGUGAAAUUUUAUUGAACGGAAAAUCAAUUAGCAAGGAAGAAAUGAUUAAAAUAUCUGGUUUUGUACCUCAACAGGAUCUUGCUAUCGAAUCAUUGACCGUUCAGGAACACAUGGAAUUUAUGGCAUGUAUGAAGAUGGAUCGAAGAUAUCGUGCCGGUUUAAGAAAGUUAAGAAUAUCUGUACUGUUGACAGAAUUGACAUUGAUCAAUUGUGCUAAUUCAAAAUUGUCAGCAUUGUCUGGUGGUGAAAAAAAGAGAGUGUCCUUAGCAGUACAAUUACUGACAGAGCCCAGUAUUCUCUUUUGUGAUGAACCUACGACAGGUCUUGACAGUUACACAGCUAUGACAGUAUUGAAUACUCUUCAUGAUGUUUCUAAAAGGGGUAAAAUAGUUAUCUGUUCGAUACAUCAACCAACUUCAGGUUUAUUCGAAAUUUUUCAUUGGCUUUUAUUAAUUUCUGCCGGUCGAGUUGCUUUUCAAGGCUCGAUAAUCGACGCCACAAAUUUCUUUGAUAGCUUAAAUCUACACUGCCCACAAACUUACAAUAAUGCUGAAUUCUACGUGUCCCAAUUAUCCGAGAACGAUGAGGAUAAGAGUUCUAAAAAGGUGAAAUGGAUCUGUGAUCGAUAUAAAGAAUCAAUUUAUGCAGAGAAAGUUUCAUCGUCGAUUAGAGAUUACCACGGAUAUGUUAAAGAGGCUAAUAACUUUCCAAUAAUAUUUUCGGACAAUGUACUAUCAAAACAUGAUUUUAAAAAAAUCAGAACAUUAACUCAAAUCGAAUGGCUUCUUUGGCGAACUUACAUCGAUUACAAGAGAAAUCUCUCUUCUAUAUUCCUACGAUUUAUAAUUUAUUUGUUUAUAGGUAUUUUUAUAUCUUUACCAUACGUAAACGUAACUGAGAAAGUUGAUCAAAAUAGUAUACAAAAUAUUCAAGGUCUCAUGUACUUGACCGUAGUGGAAACUUCGUUUACAUUCAAUUACAACAGUUUUUAUACCUUUCCAAGAGAAUUGCCGUUACUUUUGUACGAUAUCGCAGCGAACUUAUACAAUCCAACAUCGUAUUACAUUAGUAAAAUUCUAAUUAUGAUUCCAAGUACCAUAAUUCAACCAUUUUUAUAUGCUGGAAUAAUUUAUCUUAUCACUGGACUGAAAGGUGGAUUAUUUGGUUUCAUUUAUUUCGUUAUACCAAUUGUGUCAUGUGCAUUUACUUCUUCUGCUUUUGGACUUUUGAUGUCAACACCCUUUGAUUCAAUAGAUAAAGCUUCUUUGAUAUCAGUACCAAUCGAUUUUAUAUUUCUCUUGUUUUCUGGCAUCUUCUUACAUAUAGGAAAUUUAUUACCAUUAAUAUCAUGGAUGAGAUAUCUGUCUAUAUUUUAUUAUGCUUUGGAAGCUGUUUCUUUGGUGCAAUGGGGACAAUAUGAUCAUAUAGAGUGCUUACCAGAUCCAGAAAUACCUUGCAUCUCUACUGGGUUAGAAGUACUUGAUAAAUACGGUUACAUAAACGAUCAUUAUUACAUUGAUUUAUUAGGCCUUCUAUUAAUAUUUCUCCUCAGUCAUUUCGCCAAUUUUUUGGUAUUUCGUUAUAGAAGUCAAAAGGAACCAGUUUAUUAGAAAUUAUAUAUAUAUAUAUCAUCCUUGUGAAUUAUGUAUAAUUUUAAAUAAUAACAAUUAUACAGAAAAAAGAAUAAAAUUAAUGUAAAACUUGACUGUUACAAUUACAUACCCAAUCAACAAA